GCAGCUCGCGAUUGGAAAAGUCGAGCGUUGCCUAGCAACUUGCUGCGAAUUUGAACAACUUCUGCAGGUUACCUGGUGAUGGCCAAUGCACUCCAUGGCUAUUAGACUUUUGAACACCCAUAUCGACAUAAGCUCCCCUUGAGCUCCCCUAUAAGCAGCUUUUAGUAAAUAACUAAAGAGUAGACAACAAAUGGGCUGCCCCCCUCUUUAUCUUAUUUUUGAGAAUGGUUGUGUGUAAUGUUUCCCUGAAGUUCUUUCGGGCAGUUGGGAGCUUAGGGAGCAGAAGCUCCGGCAAUAUUCGAAUUCAACCAAGCUCGACAUCUCUUCGUAGACGUUUCUGUCAGAGCCCACCGGGAAAACGGCUGCCGGAGCUCACCCUCUACACCAAGACGCCGUGCCCUCUGUGUGACGAUGCCCUGGAGGCACUGUCGCCGGCACUGCACCGGGUGACGCUGCGGAAGGUGGACAUCACGCUGCCGGAGAACCGACGCUGGUACAAACUCUACCGCUACGACAUCCCCGUGUUUCAUCUCAAUGGAGCCUUCCUCAUGAAACACCGGGGCGACAUGAAGGUUCUGUUGGAGGCGCUGGAAGCGUGGGAGGGGGCGGAAUCCAGGUGACAAUAUUUGUCAUUUAGAUUAUGUCCGUGUGCCCAUGAACAUUCAUAGAUAAUGUGUCGUCUCGCGAGUCCUGCUGAAUGCCUCAUCUGUAGUUCUCUGCGUAUUGCGUAUGGAAUGGAUCUAGUUGCCCUGAAGAGUUAUAGAUGCCUGUUAGAUAUUUUCUGAGCUUGCGAAUAUAAUAGGCUGGGAGACA